GAGGCGCCGGCGUCCGAGACCCGGGCCGGGCCGGGAGCGCCGCGCAGGCCCCGCGCCGCCGCCGCGCCAUGGCGGAGACCAAGAUCAUCUAUCACAUGGAUGAAGAGGAGACGCCGUACCUGGUCAAGCUGCCCGUGGCGCCCGAGCGCGUCACGCUGGCCGACUUCAAGAAUGUGCUCAGCAACCGGCCCGUGCACGCUUACAAAUUCUUCUUCAAGUCCAUGGACCAGGACUUCGGGGUGGUGAAGGAGGAGAUCUCCGACGAUAAUGCCAAGCUGCCCUGCUUCAAUGGUCGUGUGGUCUCCUGGCUGGUCCUGGCCGAGGGCGCACACUCAGAUGCAGGCUCUCAGAGCACUGAUGGCCACACAGACCUGCCCCCACCUCUUGAAAGAACGGGCGGCAUCGGGGACUCCCGGCCCCCCUCCUUCCACCCUAAUGUAGCCAGCAGCCGCGACGGGAUGGACAAUGAGACUGGCACGGAGUCUUUGGUCAGCCACCGGCGGGAGCGAGCCCGACGCCGGAACCGCGAAGAGGCUGCCCGGACCAAUGGGCACCCAAGGGGGGACCGGCGGCGAGACCUGGGGCUGCCCCCCGACAGUGCGUCCACCGUGCUGAGCAGCGAACUUGAGUCCAGUAGCUUCAUUGACUCGGACGAGGAUGACAACACGAGCCGACUGAGCAGCUCCACGGAGCAGAGCACGUCCUCCCGGCUCAUCCGAAAACAUAAGCGCCGGCGGCGGAAGCAGCGCAUGCGGCAGGCGGACCGUGCUUCUUCCUUCAGCAGCAUCACGGACUCCACCAUGUCCCUGAACAUCAUCACCGUCACUCUCAACAUGGAGAGGCACCACUUCCUGGGCAUCAGCAUCGUGGGCCAGAGCAACGAGCGGGGGGACGGUGGCAUCUACAUCGGCUCCAUCAUGAAGGGCGGGGCCGUGGCGGCCGACGGGCGCAUCGAGCCGGGCGACAUGCUGCUGCAGGUGAAUGACGUCAACUUCGAGAACAUGAGCAACGACGACGCAGUGCGUGUGCUGCGGGAGAUCGUGUCCCAGACGGGGCCCAUCAGCCUCACGGUAGCCAAAUGCUGGGACCCGACCCCCCGGAGCUACUUCACCGUCCCGAGGGCUGACCCGGUGCGGCCCAUCGACCCUGCCGCCUGGCUGUCCCACACGGCGGCGCUGGCUGGAGCCCUGCCCCACUACGAGCUGGAGGAGGCACCUCUGACGGUGAAGAGCGACAUGGGCGCCGUGGUGCGCGUCAUGCAGCUGCCAGACUCGGGCCUGGAGAUCCGUGACCGCAUGUGGCUCAAGAUCACCAUCGCCAAUGCCGUCAUUGGGGCGGACGUGGUGGACUGGCUGUACACACACGUGGAGGGCUUCAAGGAAAGGCGCGAGGCUCGCAAGUACGCCAGCAGCAUGCUGAAGCGCGGCUUCCUGCGGCACACGGUCAACAAGAUCACCUUCUCGGAGCAGUGCUACUACGUCUUCGGGGACCUGUGCAGCAAUCUCGCAGCCCUGAACCUCAACAGCGGCUCCAGUGGGGCCUCGGAUCAGGACACGCUGGCCCCACUGCCCCAUCCGGCCGCCCCCUGGCCCCUGGGUCAGGGCUACCCCUACCAGUACCCGGGCCCCCCGCCCUGCUUCCCGCCCGCAUACCAGGACCCUGGCUUCAGCUAUGGCAGCGGCAGUGCUGGAAGUCAGCAGAGUGAAGGAAGCAAAAGCAGUGGGUCCACCCAGAGCGCCGGCGGGAGCAGCCGGCGGGCACUGGGCCGUGAGAAGGAGCGCCGGGCGGCUGGAGGCGGGGGCAGCGGCAGCGAGUCAGACCACACGGCACCGGGCGGGGUUGGGGGCAGCGGCUGUCGGGAUCGUCCAGCUAGUCAGCUCAGCCGGGGCUCGGUGGCUGCCCCGGGGCUCCCCCCUUCGUAUCCCUUAGCAAAGGCGUACUCGGUGGGGGGGGGCCCGCCGGGGGGGCCGCCCGUCCGGGAGCUGGCCGCUGUCCCCCCAGAGCUGACGGGCAGCCGCCAGUCCUUCCAGAAGGCCAUGGGGAACCCCUGUGAGUUUUUCGUUGACAUCAUGUGACUGAGGAGAGAGUGCCUUCAGCUCGGCCCCACAGUGGGGGAGCCGGUGGUCCUACCCACUCCUGCAGGAGGGCACACCGCCUCUGGGGCUUCUGUGGGCUUGCCUUACUGGCGGCUGUCCUGGGUCAAGCAAGCCCGUGCCUGUCUGCACACAAGGGGUCGUGUCGGGGCACAGGCCUGGGGGGAGAGUGGGAGCAGGCUGGGCGAGGAGCUGAGGGCAGCCCAGGCCACCGUGGUCUCAGUUUGGCAGUCCGUCCAUUCCUGUCUGGAGCAGCUUGUGUCCGUGCAGACCCUGUGCCCUUGGGGUGUGCCUCAGGGACCCCCACGUGCCUACAGAGCUGUGCACAGGGCCCCAGACUAAGCUGAGAAGAGGCUGCUGGGCCUGGGCCCCCUGUUGGCCCAAGUCAUAGGCCCCACCACUUUUGCCUGGGCUGGGUUGGCCCUUCCUGAAGGGGGAAUUGGAGCCCCGAGGCCCCUCUGUGGACGUCCGGGGUAGGGAUCUAAUUUAUUUAUUUAUUGCCUGGCCUUGUGUGCUCUGGGGGAGGUGGUGGCCAGGUCAGCUGUCCCCCCACCCACCGGGUCUCAGACUUAAUGCAGGGACACAGGUCCUGUCGGAAAGUGGGAAGGGUUGGUGAGGGGAAGAUGGGAGGGGACGUGCUUCAGCUGGUGGUGGUGGGGAUGUGACAAGGGGCAAGGGGCCCGGGUGCACACAGCUGCUGCAGGGGCAGGGUGUGGGGAAGAGGGGGUAGCCAGCCCACCCCUCCUUGCUGUCCUCGGGUGACUGCCCACCCACUCACGCCGCUUCCUUCCUGGCGUUUCUGGCCUGCACACAUUUGCGCUGUAGAUACUGUAUCAAGUCAGAGUGUCCGUCCAGAUAGUUAAUAGAGCUGCUUCUGUGUAAAUGCUAUUUUAAAGACUAAAAAGCAUUUAAUUUUAUGGGA